GGGAAUCUUUUCAGUUCUUCAAAUGCAACAAUAGUCUUUGUCUACAAUGUCCCUCCAUUCUUAUUGGGGUUACUGAAGGGGACGGGGUGGAGGGGCCGGUUUGCCAUGGAAACAGUCACAAAACAAGCUGGUUCCAGAGCGAGAGAGACACACAAAAACAUGCUUCAAAUCCGGGAAGGAAUCUCUGUAUCAAUCUCUGCAAUUUAGUUAGAGGAGACGGUGUGCCAAAGAAGGAGGAAGACUUGUGUGACAGGAUGGAUGCAGCUUCACUUGACUAGAAGAAAAGGCGAUGAAAAAUACUGGAGCGGUAUAAAAGCACUCCAGCAUUUCAGAGGGACGUUCUGGACCAGGACUCACGGUUAUUGCUCUUCUGGAUAUCACUAUGAACUCCGACACUCAGUAUGAGGACUCUGUGUCUGUCAUGGUUCUGGAGAACAUCAAGAACAAGCUGUUACAUGCUUUCAGAACAUCAGCAGAACCGAGAACAUCUGCUGAGACGGCUUCUCAUCCGAUCGGAAAGAGUUUCCAAGUCAACGAAGAGCUUCGGAGAGCCAAAAUAGAUGGAGCCAUAACUUGGUUAAGAUCAGAACUGCUGGAGAUGCGUUCUCAGGAUCGUCAGCUGGCUCAGACUCUGCUGGGACUCAAUAAGGAGAUUCAGAGGCUCAGACGGGAGAACGGAUCUCUGCUCCUGGAAGCUGACGGCAGCGAGCAGCACCUGUGACCCGCAGAGCAGAGCAGAGCCGGGAUAAUGAGAGGACACGCGCUGGUGAUCCAUGAUGUGUGUGGAGGAGUGGAAACAAACGCGUUUGUGACAGAAGGAACUCUCCUCUUCUGGAGUACACUGUGGCUUAUUUUCACAUUUCCUGUGGGAAAAGAUACUGAAGGCAUUUUCAUGUACGUGAAAGCUUGACCAAACUGGGUGCUAAGAUUAAUAUUCAAAACAACAGACACACCCAUUUCCAGCUGGCAUUAACAUACACUGUUUGGGUGAUCGGAUCACAGUCAGAUAGCACUUGUGAAAGCACCCAAGACACACUGUGAUCAGAUCACUGAAACCUGGAGACGCAUUGUAAACGCAACGCAGCUGAAAAUAUCAUAUUAAUAAUAUGAUAUAAAUAUACUGGAUACAAAACGCAUGUUAAUGCCAGAUGUAAAGGGAUCCUCAGAGAGGCCUUAUAAAGGCUAGCUGAGAGUGUGCUUGAGAUAGAAACAAUUUCUAUGAUGAUUCAUUUGUCUACAGAAGAUUUGGAUUCUUACUUUUAAUGAGGUUUUGUGACCAUCUGCUGUAUGACUGAAAAACCGAGUGUUGAUGAUUUUUUCAGCUUUGAACUUAUGGAAUGAAUAAUUAGCAUAGUAUAUUCAAUGUGUGCAUGCAGCAUGUCAUCAAAGACUCUAGAAUAACACAAGAUGCGUCACUCAUCUUGUUUUGAAUGGGAGAAAAUGCAACGCGCAAAAUGGCGGAAUAAGUCCCGCCUUCUAAAUAUGAGCCAAUCACCGAUUGGUAAAGUCAUCGCGUCACUGCAGCGGCCGUUAGAAGCUCCGGUUCCUAUAGAAACAGUCAGACACGCGCUUCCUGUAGAGACUCGCACUUGAGACUGAUCCAGCCUGAAAAAUACAGUUUUUGUUUAUGAUUCGAGCGUUUAGAAACAAAAUUCAUGAGACAGUUGUUGUCAGAUUCCAUUGGUGAUUUAAGCGAAAGUUUGGCAAACAGCUUUGGAGAAUUUGAUUUCAUCCCCAUUCAAAGAGAUAUGAGCUGCACUUGAAUGCCCGACCGUCGUUUCAAAGAUGGCCGCCGAGUGAAAUGACUUGUCUUAAAGGGACUUUGAUGUCAUCAUCUGUUUAUUAAAAUGUCUUGAUGAAUUAAACUCCAUAUUGCAUCAUGAAAUGAUUACUCUCAACAUUGAUCAGGAUUGUAUGUUUUUAUUAUCAUAUUGUGGUACUAUAGUAUGUCAAAGCAACUCAUUAGUUAUUUAUCCAGGAUGAAUUAGAUUAUCAGUGAAUAAAUAUUCACAUCUUGAUUUAAAAAAAAUGUUCCAUGCCAUUUUAUAAAUACUAAAAAUACUA